CGGGGCCAGUCUCCCUGCCGCCCCUUGAUCCACGCCUGGCCUGGCGUCUGCUCUCCGUGUUGAACCUCCCAGCUACCUAGAGGUGGUCAGAAUCCCCAUGUCCCCAAUAUUCCUUCCCUCUUGGAUGAGCCACGAGGGGACAAAUCUUUCACCGAAUUUUGUUAAGGGAAACCUUCACGUUUUGUUCCUUCACAUUUUGAGCCUCACAAUGCCCGCGCAGGAGUUCCAGCGUUCCACCUGUGUCUUGGCUGCCUUUCGAGCUCACACCAAACCCCGACACACCCCCUGUGUGAACGCCGGGUGUUUUACAAUUCACUGACAUAUCCACACUGCACCAGGAUUCGUCAGAAAGGCGAUAUGAUAGCAAAAGGGAUAGGGGGUUAAGCAGAUACCAGAAGAGUGGACAGAGGAAGCUGGGGCAGUCACGAGGAAGCUCAGAGGGUUCUGACCGGAGGUGAAGAGUUGGAAAUACCUGAACAGGCUGGCAGUCCAUGUGUAGGGUGGAGGGCCCACUGAGCACACUCACCUGCCUAGGGUGGGGUAGCCCUUUCUUGUAUCUUAUCAGGCUACACCUUUGCCUCACGGGAACCCUCCAUGAGGAAAGGACAACGGAUAUGCUGAUGACCAGGGUGUUUACAUAUCCAGAAUGCCAUCCUCUACCCUCUCAUGUCUACCAUACCCGUGACCAACAUUGAGUCCUGUGUCUGACCCUGGACAGUCCAGAUUUUCUUCAGGCCAGCUCCUUUCUGUACAAUUCGACGAAUGGGAACAGUGUUCUUGGUGAGCCAAAGCUGGGCCAGACUUUACAGUUCUGUGGCACCAAGGGCCUACAUCAGGACUCCUUCAGCAAGACCAGGAAACUGGACAAUCCUCCACGUAGUCUAAAUCACUUGUGUUCUCAAACGUCCUAGUAUCUGCUGGUUGUGGGCAGUAGGUGACAAGGAGGAACUCUGAACAGUGACUGUAGAGAUGUGAGCAAUGACUGGGUAACCCAGCCCAUCUGAAGGCCCCAGAAUCUGAAUGCCUGCCUUCACUUCCUUUCUGAGGCCAUGACCCAAGGAGCCUGGGCCAUGGACCCCCAUGAGAUGGUCAUGAAGAAUCCAUAUGCCCACAUCAGCAUCCCUCGGGCUCACCUGCGGUCUGACCUGGGGCAGCAGUUAGAAGAGGUUCCGGCUUCAUCUUCCUCCUCUGAGAUUCAGCCUCUGCCUUCAGGAACCUGUACCCCAGAGCCAGCGGGCCUCUUGCAAACUGCUGAAGCCCUGGGGCCCAAAGGUAUCAAGGGCGUCAAGGGUACUGCUUCUGAACAGGGCCAGCAGACCUGGCAGUCACCCUGCAAUCCCUAUAGCAGUGGGCAACGUCCGUCAGGACUGACUUAUGCUGGCCUGCCACCUGUAGGGCGUGGUGAUGAUAUUGCCCACCACUGCUGCUGCUGCCCUUGCUGCUCCUGCUGCCACUGUCCGCGAUUCUGCCGUUGUCACAGCUGCUGUUGUGUGGUCUCCUAGCCUAACUGUCCAACCUCCAGGGCUGUGAGACCCAGGCCUCUGCUCAAUGCCAAAGUGGUGCUGGACUUCAGGAGCAGCCAUUGUCAUGGGCAUCAGCCACUUCCUGCCCUGGACAGGGGAGCCUGUUCACCAGGAAGGUUCAGCUGGAGCCCUCUGGAAUAGGGUUUCAGCCAUUAGCCAUUUUGGCAGCAACAGGGACACCCUUCACUUCUUGCAAGACUUUGGCAAUAAAGCAGGGUGAGCAUUG